UGAUGCACCCUUUAUCAAUUGAGCAAAUAGAUUGGUAUUAUGUGUCAAUGUGUGGCUCAGUUGUCAAAUAGUGUCAAAUAGGCAAGAAAAGGUGUAAAAUACAUCGCUAUGGACGGGAGUCAAACGCAAGGCAAUGAUCAGCAAUUCAUCUCCUUCCAAGAUUUUCCUCCGAUACACCACGAGGGAAAUAUUGGUCAAGCACAAUUAAAUGUCCAUGCUUCCAGUCAUCAAGCUUUUAAUAACCUAUCUAAUGACACCACGGGUGUCGGCAUGAUCGAGGAUCUACAAGGAAUGCCUGAUAAAAACGAAGACAUAUCACCACGAAGUUUUUGGACGAUAGAAUACUAUCAAAAAUUCUUUAAUGUGAACACAAACGACGUUGUAGAAAGAAUUAAACGAUCUAUGAUUCCGCAUGGCAGUGACAACUAUUUGAUUUCUCAUAUAAGACCUAAUCCAGAUUUGUAUGGUCCGUUUUGGAUUUGUAUUACAUUGGUAUUUUCUAUAGCCAUUAGUGGCAACUUGGCCAAUUAUUUGCAAACUGUCAAUUCAGGCAAAUAUCAUUGGAAGUAUGAAUUUCACAUUGUAUCUUAUGCUGCCACUUGCAUAUUUUUAUAUGCUUGGCUGUUACCAAUAACAUUGUGGGGUGCACUAAAAUGGACUGUCAGUACAAGAGAUACGGAAGAAGAAUUAAUUGAGUCUUACGCAACACCUGGCCUCUUGGAACUAGUGUGUCUUUAUGGUUACUCUUUAGCCAUUUACAUCCCUGUAGCCUUUCUUUGGACGAUACAAAUUGGGUGGUUACAAUGGAGUUUAGUAAUAGUAGCAACCGUUUUGUCCGGUGGAGUUUUAUUAAGAUCUUUGUUGCCCAUUAUAUCAGAAUUAAUCAACAUUUUAGGGAAGUAUCGAAUGAUAUAUAUAGCGAUAAUUCUUGGGUUGCAUCUGCUGCUGGCAGCUGGAUUCAGGUUGUACUUCUUUCACGGUCCACCUAGUGACGCUGUUCAUAUUGCGGUGAAAAUCGUAUCAACCACUGAAAACAUUGUUUCUUCAAGCUCUACGGGUUAACGAUACCUCGAAUCAUUCAAUCGCAACUCAAGUCGAAUACCGUCGAAACAAUUCUCGACUUGGUCAGCUAACGUAUCUGUUUCAGUAAGGACCGUCUGAUAAAAUCGAACGAUAUAUAUUUGCUGACCACUAAUUCCGUCUUCGUGAAAAUAGAACUAGUAUUUAUAUUCUAUCUGUGAACGAAAAAUAAAUAAAGAUAAUUGAAAUUUGUGAAACUUGAGGUACUAAUGUUUAUUAAAAAGACAUCACUUGAUCGACCCAUAUAAUUUUUAUUCCUGUGUGUCAGGGCAAUAUAGAAGGCCAACAAAGUGUCUGGUUGAUUUAUUUUCACAGCCCCCAUUUCAAUCCAGGGAUGCGAUACAUAUCAACGCAACACAUAUCAUUUACAAUCAUACGAAUCUUCAUAUUGUACAUAGUAAUUGUUAAUUAGUACUCGUAAUACAAUAGAUAGUAAUUGUUAUUAGUUGACGUUAAUACAAUCGUACGUAGUUCAUCAAUAUUUGUUCUUUUUUUUAUUUUUUGUCUCUUCGUACAAUUAAUCAUUGUGACAAAAGGCAACAUUCACUAUGUAGUAGUAUCGUUACGCUAUUAUCGUCCGUCUAACAGUAUACAUAUAUGUACAUGUAUGUAUACAUAUAUACCAUAUGACAAUAGUAACUUGUUCGCCGUUCAACGUUAUUAUAUGUACAAAGGGUGCGGACCAUUCGAGUAUUAGCGAAUGUACGCAUCCAAUUAAAUCGAGGAUUCCGUAGGCGCGCUUACGUUAGAAAGUAAAUUGAGUGCGUUGAAAAAUACUACAUUUGCUAAGAAAGUUCAUUGUGUCACGGUCUCGCGUUCGAAACUGAUCGCGUCUUGCGUUUCCCCGACGAUCUAGUUAGUGCGAUUUACGAGAGGUAAUAACAAUAAAAUGUAGGAAACAUCUCGACGUCUACAAAGUAGUCUCCCGUUUUACAAGCCUUGUCGAUGUGAGCGUCGCGUGUACAAAACAUGAAAAAUUCCUAUGGGGGCUCAAUUCUGUUCAAAAGUUGAACAUAUCUCGUAGCCUGUAUCUUGCCGUCGUUCGAAGCCAUGAGAUAAUAGACAGGCUAUCGUAAUCAACGAGAAUCUAAAAAAUUAAAACACGAUUUUUUACCACCAAUUUUCAUUGCGUAUUUUGAGCCGUUAGGUCGAUCGGUAUGCGCGAUACAAGCUACCAGAAAAUUUCUGUUUGAACGCGAUUCCCGGAAACGUUUCUAAAUUUACGGCUUGGUGCUCACAACGACUUGGUCCAACGUUUUUACAAGAUAAUGCAGUCAAAGAUUGCGAAUAGGCAGGAGCGAUAAUGAGUAAUAUGCAUUUACGACAGUCUACGGAAUUACUUGCUUACGAUAUUUUUGUUCUUUUAGUCUUGAUUCUCUCAACACAUUUACACAAAAUGCGUUCGAGUCUGCUAAACGUAGUAGUUAAUAGUAAUAAUAGUUUUUAUUACCGUUAUUUACAAUAAGUUGCAUCACCGAGGGUAUCUGUCGUCAUUGUUAUUAUUAUUGUUGUUACGGUUAUCAUAUAAUACAAAUAUUUCUCUUCUAUCUCGUUAGUGCAAACACGCAUUGCUAUUAUAGAGACGCACGAAUGAAAAAGACGUAUGCACUAUUUAAAUAUUAGACAUAGACAGUAAUGUUUACCCUGGUUUUUAUCAAUUAUUACAAGUAUACACAUAUUAUAUAUAUAUAUCUAUAUAUAAUAUAUAUAACAAUGCUCAUAAAUGUCGUACUUUUUAUACAAUCGUUGACUAUCUUUUUCUACCGUGUUAUGCGAUAUUACAUAAAUUUCAGGUUGAUUAUUCAGUCGCAUGCUUAGACAGUACGUGAUCCGUUUCUUAUCCCGAACUCGUUAGCUUCGAAGUCACAUUAUCGCGAUAAUAACAAACGUAGACGAGAUGAUCGUUUUAUCGAACAAACGGGAUAAUUAAAACAACAGAUAGAGAACACAACUGUUACUUUUUUUCGCGUUUAACUUCUGUUAGCUUCCUCAAGACUGUUGCAACCGUAUUUAUCGUACCCCGCAGUUUCUCGAUCGCAUAAGAAUACUUUCAUGUCGAGACAGCUUGCCAAAGAACAAUGUUUGCGAGAAACUUCUACUUUUGUCGUACUAUUCAGCUAGAUGAACGGAAAGCCAAGUAUCGUUUCAUUCGGAAUUGCAGCUCUUGGUGUUUAUCCGCGUCUUUUCAUUGGACAUCGUGUCACAGACAAAUAUAGUAAUCGAAAGUCUCGUAUAGCGACAAUGAUAUGUGUUUUCUUUUCUCACGGAGGAACCAUAUAUGAAACUCGACGUGGAACACAAUUUUCGACGAUUCUACUUUCAAAUCUUCUUUACGAAUUUUGCAGCGGUAACUCGCGAUUUAAGAGAUGAUCGAUUACGAAUUGCGAAUAAUUUUGAAUCACCGUACUAGUAUUUACGAAAAAAUCAUGUGCCGUCUCGAUAGUCUUACUCGUAGCCAGUCGAUCGUCUUAUUACACGCUUUCCAGAGGAGAAUAUCAAACCAGGAGAAUUCAUCCUUAGCGAAUAUGGCUGUCGUACACGUGUCGGCGAUUUCGCGCUAUGAAUCCGUCGCUCUAAUUACAGUACGAUUACAACAAUUUUCUAAAUGUGUUCUACAAGCUUCGUAAAAAUCUAAGUUUUACAUCCGUGAUAUACUUGUAUCUGAAACGUGCCGCGCUAUAAAGCAUGCUACAGCAGAGAAGAAACAGACACGAACGAGAUGCGCUCAAGUAUCUUUUAUGGUUGAAGAGAACAAUCGGUAUACAUGGCAUGUUUUGCUAAAAAUUCGCACUCGUAGAAUUGUAAAAAAAGGGACGUGUUUCGUUUCCGUUUCCGCUUCUGCUUCUAAACGCGCCUCGUUUAUCGGUUUACAAAUGGCGAGGCUCUUUUUGAUCAAUGUUCCGAGUCGAUCGCAUUCGUCGUUUCGAUCGAUCCUCGGUUCCUUUGAUUGCAAGCUUAUAGUAGUAUAUAUAACAGGUACGGUGAUUAAUCAGUUAACUCUUACGGAAGCUUUUCUUUGGACCUGUCUGCUAGAACGGUUCGGUCUAUGUAUUGUCGAGAGGGUCCAACGACACAUUGGAAAAGUGUCUUGGCGACAAAUAGCGUUAGAAUUGAAUUUUGUAUUUAUCGAAUGUACAAGUCCAUCUAAGGAAAUAUUCUAGCCAACGUAAAUACAUGGAUUUAGACACGUUUGCCGCGAGCAGGUUUACCAGUUUGACGGUCCGUUCUUUAAAUUCGUCGUCACAGCAAACGGGAUACGUCGAUGAAAAAAACACGCGUGACGUUGGUCGGAUAUAGCAUGGAAAUGGGACACGAGCAAUGUGUGCAUGUAAAGCGAGAAAAUAAGGACAACGUUUGAUAAAUAAUACAGCCGUGACACAGCGAACUCAGUUCAAGAAGUGUCCGAGUGAGUUACACGGACAUUUGCAUUUAUUAACCAUUUAAAACACAGUGAGACGCCUGUACCGCUUGCGUGUAUCUCUCUCUCACUCUCUCGUUUCGUACCAAAUUCUUCAUUUCACAUUCGUACUUUCCCUUGUAUUCGAUCUUUCAGGUUGCAUAUAGUAAUAUCUCGAAUACACUUACGCGGCUUCGAAGAGCGUCGAAGCUCUCGGUCGAUCACCUUAAGCAUUAGUCUUUAGUGUUUGAUUAUUAUACUACAGUAAUAUACAGAAAAUCGUGGUUCUUCACGCCGGCGGCCUGCUCGUCCAUCGAGGCACUUUCGUUCAACGCCAAUUUCAUUCGCGUAUGAUCCCGUUUUUCCGUGAUACAGCCACGACAAAUUCGUUUCGAAUCGCUGUACGAGCAAGUCCCCGGAGCUAUCAGUUAAUAUAUUCAAUAAUUACAAUACACUAAAUAUAAUCGGCCCGUGUAUAUUAAAAUAUAAAUAUCAAAUAGACUUCUUGCCCCCAAGGAUAUAUGCACCAUCUAAAUGCCGGUGCGCGACUUAAAAAUUGAGAGACGUUUCGUUAAGUAAGUCGUCACCGAUUAGUUUUUUAAGACCCCUGUUAUCGGAAAAAUGCGAAGCUCGCCACUACCAAAACAGAAGGAAACUCGGUACUUUCUCUCUUCGCUUCUCCAAUUCGAACAAUCGCUCUGCGCCAGUGCCGAGCAAAAUGUAUCGUUACAAUUACAGAUUACUCAUGAUUUAUGAAUACUCAGACACGAUUUGCUCUCAAAGAUUACAAAUUACAAGUUUACAAUUACUGAUUUAAUUAACAAUCGUACAAACAAAGGUGCUCGACUCUGCACGCAACGCGCGUCGUUCGCAGAGUCGCGCGAUAGACUAACACGAGACAUCUCCGUGAAUCGUUUGUAGUAGUUGCGAGCUGCGUCGCGAUGAGAUUAGAAUUGUUUGGUUGCUUAAACGUUAACGUGUUCCGUGCGUUCUCUGUCCGGAUGAGGCUGUUUCGGCCGAGACAUUUAGCAGUAUGUUACCGAGUGACCAACAGAGUCAUCGCAAGAAUUUUCAAGCCACUAUUCCUUCAACAACCGAUAUUCUAUCCUCGCAUUGUUUCAGACGAGAAUAGUUUGCUACCGAGUGUUUCGUCCGUAAAAGCCCCGAGAGACGUUGCGUCGACCGAGUGACGAGCCUUGGUACAUCGAUUGUAUUUCGCGAUAUUCAGCGGAUGCCACGGUAGCAUCGGAGUGACGUGGGUCACACGCUCGGUCGCGAAGCGAUUUAAACCUAAGUACUUUUGAUUUGUCUCUGGUAAUUGAUUCGCGGUGGACAUCGAAGAACGCCGAGCGCUUCGGCUCUCGUCCCUUCGUUCCCGCGCCGGUCGUCGACGCGCGUUUCUUCCAUUUCUUUUAUUGUCGGAUACAAAAGAAGCCAAACAACGGAACUCGGGCAUGUUCGGUCGACGCAACGCCGGAAACGUAACAGCGUUUUCCGGUAUACAUUUUCAACGCUACUUUUUUUUUUUCUUUGUUUUUCAUUUUCUCUUUCUCUCGUUAACGCUUAAUUUUAAUCGGUUUUCGUAUGUUCGACGACGACAUCGAUUCCGAAUUGCGUGCGCAAACUAUUUCCAAGACCAAACUAAACCUACGCUUUGUACUCUGGUCGACCUCUGAAAUAAUUCGUCGCACGCGCAAGCAAUAGACAUCUCAUUCAUUUUCAUUUUAUUACGUAACAUAUAUGGAGAGAGAAAUGGUGUUCGAAGAAAUAGUCGGAUGCGAAUGCGAGACGAUAAAAGUUACUUUAGAAAAGGAUUAGUCCGGUCGAACGAAAUUCAGAAAGAAUCCUGGUUGGCUCGUCGAUAUAAGGCACGCUCUACUGAUAAACAAAUUGAUCAUCGGCUAGUGUUUCCGUUAGGACAACAGUUGUUUCGAACCGGAAUUAGAAAAACUCCUCUUGUUAACAGUUCUAAGAAGCAAACAGUUCGUCGUUGAAAAUAAAUUGAAAAGUAACCGACGUAGCCGCGUCUCGGUGAUUCGAUACCCGAUUAUCGCUAAACACAGACAUGGGCAUAGAUAUAUAUUUCGAAUAACGAACGAAAGAUACACAACUUUUGAUCGAUUAUUUGUCAAGGAAAAAUUAUAAUUUGAAUUAUAAUAUAGAAUUACAAUUCACGGUGAACGAAGGAGCUUAGCCAAUUAAUCGCGACACCGUGUUUUCAUUCGUCGUUUAUUAUUCGAAUAAAAAUUUGCCCAUCUCCGAUUAAACACCAUUUCACAUCCUCGCGACCUCGCUAUUGUGCCCAGCGUGCACGGUACGCGACGCGGGUAAACACAAUCGGCGCAGCCUGAGUGUUUUAAUAAUACUUUGAGACAGACUUUCUGCGAAAGCUUAAAAAACAGUUUUUUUUCAUUUCAUUUCUUUCGUUUUGUGUUUCUUUUCUUACGCUAAAUACCGCCUUUUAGAAACUUCACUUUACUCUCGCAUCGCUUCGGCGAGCGAUGAAUCGGAGUUACUAUGUUGCUAGAUACGUGGUCAUACGAAAGAUCCACGCGCAUUCGAGUUUAUCGAAUCGAAAUCUGUCUCACGACCGAUAAUAAUUAAUGUAGAAAAUAUCGUUCGAUUCUUCGCGGGUCAAAAGUAUUUACGUUAAACGAUUUCUUGAACUUAGCGACCUUCGCAACAAAAUUAUAUACUGCCGUGUCCUUCAACUAUGGAUCGACUAUGAUUUCUGGCCAAUACGGUUCAAGAAAUUUUUAAGUAUAAAAUAUAUACAUUAACAUUCGUCGAUCGAUAGUGGUGGGACUAGUAUUCGUACAAGAUACUUCCAGCCGUAAACGGUUUAAAAUGCAAAACAUAAAUGUAUCUCGGAUUUAAUAGAAUCAAGUUCAAGUUGUUUUUUUUUCUUCUUUUUUUUUUUAUACAUAGUAACUUAUUU